GUCUCAAUCCAAGAUGGAGAACGGCCGCGCCUCCUCCCGUCGCCAUGACAACGAUGACAAGGCGUUCACUGAGGCUGCGCGAGAGUUGAACGGUACCAUCAUGGCAGACUCCCAUGAGAAGGAAGAAGACGUGCGGUGUGGGGUACUCUGCUGUAAGCCCAAAUGGGCAGCCUGGCUAGCGAACCCGAAGCUGUUCGUGCUGUGCUGGUGUCUCGCCAUUUUGAUGAACAUCAUUCUCGCGGCAGGAUACCUCAACGGUGUCCUCACUACCCUGGAGAAAAGGUUCCAGCUGCAGAGUAAGGACCUGGGUAUCGUGGCCAGUGCCGCCGAUAUCGGCAGUAUGGUCACGGUGCUUUUCGUGACGUACUACGGCGGCAAGCCUGGCAACAGCCGACCAAAAAUCCUCGGUGUUGGACUCUUGGGCCUGGCGCUGGGGGCUUUCCUGUCCGGACUGCCGCAUUUCGUGGCGCCUGCGUACGAGGUGGACCCUGAUAGCAUACCGGACUUGUCAUCACUGGAAAACAAGGAUGGCGCAAGCAUCUCAUCUAAUUACAUGGAUGUGUGCCUAGCGAACAGAACGGACACCCAGUGCGGUUCAGGAGGUACGGCAGCCAACUCGGCCAAGGGAGGAUGGUUCGCUCUCCUGGUCUUCGGACAGUUUAUCUACGGAAUCAGCGGCACCCCUCUCAUGCCGCUGGGUACCACGUUUAUAGAUGAUCACGUGAGGAAGGAGAGCGCACCUCUCUACAUUGGAACAUCUUACAUCGUGUUUGGACUCGGCCCUCCCCUCGGCUUCGUCCUGAGUUCCUUUGCCGUGAAAUUUUACGUCGACAUGGACAAGGGGAUCGACCCGGCGACCCUGGGCCUGACCCCCGCCAACCCGCUGUGGGUGGGGGCCUGGUGGAUCGGCUUCUUCAUCUGUGGUGCAGGACUUCUGGCAACGGCCUUCCCCAUGUUCUUUUUCCCACCCGCACUGAAGAGACCCCCAGACAGCGACGUUGUUCAGAAGAAAGACAAGAGCGAGAAGAAGAAGAUGCUCCCCAUGAUGGACAUGGACAAGGGCCCGCCCCUGCUGGACCCAGCCAAGGGACUAUGGAAACAGAUCAAAGGCAUGUCGAAGAGUCUGAAGGAGGUCCUGACGAACGGCGUGUUCCUGGUCCUGUGCCUGUCCGGGGUCUGCAUGGUCUCCACAUUCGGAGCCUUCUCAUUCAUGCCAAAGUACCUGGAGCUGCAGUUCGGAGUCCCCAAAUCACAGGCUAACAUGUUACUGGGAAUAGUGAUGUUGCCGUCCACCGUGUUCGGCAUCGUCGGAUCAGGAAUCGUCAUUAAGAAGUUCAAGUUGACUCCCGUGCAGUGCCUGUACAUGUCAGCAGCCUCCGUCUUUAUCUCCUCCCUCAUCAGCAUCCCGAUGUUCUUCCUGACGUGCCCACAGCCGCCCAUGGCGGGGGUCACCAUUCCGUAUGGCUACAGCCCGUUAAUGCCAAACGUUCCCUACCUCAAGAACGGAGACAUCAACCUGCUCUCCUCCUGUAACACUGGCUGUAACUGCAACUUGGACAAGUACAGCCCGGUCUGUGGGUCGGACGGCGUCACCUACUUCUCGGGCUGCCACGCAGGCUGCACCGAGAAGCAGAGCUUCAUGCACCCGAUGGGGAUCGUCGUAUCGAAUUUCUCCCGUUGCGGCUGUCUUGCCGACUUACCACCAGAGGUUCUGAAGAAGAUGAUGGCUGAGAAAUUCGGAAAGUCAGGUGCAGGCGCUCCACCUGGCGGAGACGAAAAACAAGACAGUCAGAAGCCUCACAUAGACCCGAUGUGGGCGACGGCAAGUCCGCAAAAACUUCGCAGCAACGCGAACGCAACGGACAGUACCCCAUCUAUGAACGCCAAUUCCACAUCGCCUCCCAUUCCAGGAAUGGGUCCUAGAAUGCCGGAAAAUGGACCUCCCGGAUUCCAGGGGAUGCCAAACUUCGCCAUAGGUUUUCCAUGCCGCACCGACUGUAAUAAGUGGGGCGCAUUUAUCGCCGUUUUUGUAGUCGGCGGAUUCGCCUCGUCGUUCGGGUUUAUUCCAGUCAUCAUUUCCAUCCUUAGGGCAUUGACGCCUGAGACCAAAUCCUUCGGCAUGGGAGUGCAGUCCGUGAUUAUGAAGCUUCUUGGUUUCAUCCCGUCACCGAUCUACUUCGGCGCCUUGAUCGACACAACCUGUCGACUGUGGUCCACAAACUGCGGCCAACAGGGAGCUUGUCUCCUAUACGACUUGGACAAGAACAGGUACGCGUUCUUCGGACUCAUCACAGCGCUGCGGGUUCUAGGCGGCUUCCUGAUCCUCUUCGCCGCCUACCUCUUCAAGAGGAGGGAGCAGAACAAGCCUCUGGAGAGCAAGAACGGUGGCGUGACCAAGCAGGACAUUGCCGCGUCUUUGGGGUCGCUGACGGGCUCCAUGCACUCGCUAGACAGGGUUGGACACGAUCAUCAUCAUCACCAUCCACACCAUGAUGUAGAGAGGGACACAGAGGACCUCAGGGCCAACAUCUGGAAGAAGAAGUUCGGAGACGCAGAACACGUGCCUCUAGCGUAAGUCAUGCAAUUAGUAAUUAUGCAACUUCUCUGCAUCAUUAGCCUCGUUUUUAGAAGAAGAAGUUUGGAGAUGUGAAGCACGUGCCUCUUGUGUAGGUGAUGUAAUCAGUAGUGAAUCUUGUCUGGCCUCGUUUUGGUGCAAGUCACGCGCGUUCUCGCCAUGCUGUACUCUCACGAGAGCAACUUUUCAAAAUGGCCCUCUUGAUUAGGACGAGUCUAUAUUUGGAAGCGAGCUACUUUUCACGUAGCCGUAUAUAUGGGAAUCAAUAUGGUAUAUAUGUAUGUAUAAACUGCCAGUAUUUUGAAAGAUAUGUAGUUUGAAGUUCAUUGUGCUAAAACAUGUUAGAGGUGGUUUUAAGACGAUAUGUCAUGUAUUUGACAACUAAGGCAGAUGUUUUGAUUUUGACAAUUAAAUGCAAAUUUAUAUAACAAGGGAAAAUUUAUGAAAGGUCUCGAGAUAUGUUUUGAAUAUAAUAAAACUGGCAAUCAGGGUUAUAAACGGGAGUUGUAAAAUGUGAAAUUUUUAAGAGAAGAAUACGAAUUAUCAAAGAAAGAAAAGCAAAAGUUUGGCUGUAACCAGAUAUGUAUAUGUACAAUACGCAUAGCAUUAAAGCCACCAAAAUAUUCGCUAGAGAACAUAUGUUCCUUUUUGAAACGUUUUUACAUGUCUUGAUAUUUCUGAUGAUUUUAUGAUAAUUUAGCAAAAUACUAUAAUUAUGACUUGUGAAAAGGAAUUUCAUUAUGCAAUGUUCAUAUUAUGUUAAUCAUGAAGUACAAUGUAGUUUAAAAUCUUCCCUAGUCUAUCGAGAGAAUUUGGCAAUAAAGAUGAUUCAACAAGUUGUUUAGAUUUACUUUUACAUGUAACAAGCAAUUGUAUCUUACAAUCUUAAUAUUUGGACAUGAAUGUGAUUUUUAAAAAAUUGUUAGGUAAUCAAUAGAGAAAUGAAAUUACAUUUUGAUCAAUCUCCAGCAAUAUAAGAUUAGCAUAGUAACUGUUAAUAUCACUUACAUCAAAUGUUCCUACCCUUGUUAAAGUAUUAUUUGUCUUUUAUAGUAUUUGUUAAGUGUAACAGAUAUAUGCACUUACUUUAUACUCUUCAAAUAUUGUCGGUAUUUACAAAGUUUGGUGCAUAUAACAACAUAUACCAGAACUUUUUUUUCUUUCCAUCUUAAAUAUCAUUGAUAUAUAUCUAAGAAUAUAUACGCUAUAGCAUCAGAUAUAGAUAUAGAUAUGAAAUGUUUAUCAGCAACAUUUUGUGCAAGUGAAAGUUUUGGUGAAAGAACAGUUAUUCUAUACUCAUGUACUAUUGUACACAGGAAUUUGACAUUAUUUUAAUCUAUGUACGUGUACAUUUGUAUUAUCAUUAAGAGUAGGUUGAUAAAGGAUAGAUGCGAAUUGCCAUGAACAUAUCGUUGUUAACGAGUAAACAUUUAUUGUUGAUAGCUAAACAUUUAGUUACGAUAAUUCUUGUCAACUAUUUGUCAACAUGAAUCUUUUGUUGAGGAAGCCAUUUACAGAGUUGGAGCUGCUAAGCGAUACUUGAAAAUCAUCUACGCAACAAAUAAAAUGUCCAUUUGUCAGACAGUUCAUUCAUAAUAGUAACAAAACAGUGGUAAUAGAUAGUGAAAAAGAAUAUAGCAGUGGACAGUAUGUUGCCAUACACCAGUGGAGCCUGACUAUUGAAAGAUCUACUUCUUACAUUUAACUUAAGAAUUCAUUAUGUAUGUAUAUGAAUAUAUAUCCAUAUGUAACAAUAUCACUUCAGCAAUAUGGAGCAUAGAGAAUCAUAAUGUUACGCACGACAUAUAUGUGUAAAGGUAUAUCAUGUUGAAAAGGAGCCUGGAGUUUGUAAUACAAUGGAUAUCUUCUUGUGUCUUUAGUAUUCCUAUGAUUUGAAGAAACAAGUCAGUGCUUUAUGUUAACAAUCUUUACUGCAAUGUUGUCCAUCUGAAAAUAAGGUGGUUGGUCGCUGUUUGUAAGCAAUGAAUGCAAAUGAAAUUAGAUACUUGUAA